AAUACUGAAUAAACAUUAAAAAACAAUUUUAGAUUGCUCAUACAUAUUUUAAGGUUAAUUUGCUCAAGCAUUUGCACAAAUUUACAGCUCUACUUGAGUUUUUAAAUUUAGUAGUCUGUAUAGAUUUUAAUUCCCUGCCCCCGCCCCGUCCAAGCACGCUAUAGGUGCUGCUAAGCCUCUGAUAAAUAUUACUCCAUGAAAGAGUACUCCUUUAAAAAAAUACUCUCAAUAAAAGAACUUUAAUAAGUUUGACUAAAUAUUUAGAAAGCAUAUUGUGUUGAGUGAAACUUUGUAUCUAAUACAUAAUAAGAGUAAUAGAAAAUCAUAUUGGGUGACUAGUCUGUAAUUAUCCAAGGAACACAUACAAUGAAACAAGUUCUUUUGGUUACUUCAUUAAACAGCCAACACAAUGGGGAAAGUGGAGGAAAUGUCCCAUAAACACUAUGAAAAGGGAACCAGAAAACCCAGUAUGUAAUCUCGGAGUAAUGACAGCAUCAGAAAACAAAACCAACAAAAGAGAACACCUUCCAGAACAAUCUGAGCUGCAUGAAAGGCAAGCAUUCACUAAAGUUGGAGCUUUCCUAACUAAGUCUGCCCAGAGAUAAGUGGCAUAUUUGACCUUCAUCAUGAUUAACAAGCAUUUCUUUGAAAUUGUGUCGGUGCUGUUGGCCUCUUCUACUGUCUUCUCCCUAGAGUUGAAACUGGCUCUCUUCCAACAAAGAGUAAACAGAGAGAGUUUAAAACUCUUGAGUACAUUGCAAAGCUCAUCAAUUCAGCAGUGUCUGCCACACAGGAAAAACUUCCUGCUUCCCCAGCGGUCUGUGAAUCCUCGCCAGUACCAGAAAGGACAAGCACUGGCCAUUCUUCACGAGAUGCUUCAGCAGAUCUUCAACCUCUUCAGGGCAAAUACUUCUUCAGAUGGUUGGGAGGAAAGCCACGUGGAGAAGUUCCUCACUGAGCUUCAUCAACAGCUGGAAUACCUAGAAGAACUCACAGGCCCGGAAGCAGAGCAGGACAGCUGCAUCUUGGGGAGUGAGAACGUUAGGUUACAGAUUAAAAUGUACUUCCAAAGGAUCCAUGAUUACCUGGAAAGCCAAGAGUACAGCAGCUGUGCCUGGACCAUUGUUCGAGUAGAAAUCAACCGGUGUCUCUUCUUUGCACUCCAGCUGAUAAGAAAGAUAAGCAAACGAGGAAUGCAUUCCUUGAAGAAUGUGGAGCAUGAGCCAAGGGCAGACUUUAGAAGCAUAGGGUAGGUGGAGGCGCGGGAGGACUGUUCCAGAGACUAUUAUUUCUUCUUGUCAUUAAUUGCUUUGGUUUCGUGUGUGUAGAUAUAUGUAUAUUUACCUGUCCUUUAAGAUUAUGCAUAAUGACUACAAUGGUCUUUGUUUUGUAAUGUCACUUUGUAUUUUCCAUUCAUCUUAAAUUUUCAUGAGAUAAAAUAGAUUCAUCAGUAUUUCAUACUUGGUUCUUCAAAUGGGUUUAUUUUCCUCAAAGUAAAUGAGGUAUGUCUCCACUGUACUAAUUUCUUAACUUACCACAUCCAUUCCAAUGAUUUCUUUGCCAGAAAUUGGUAGAAACAUUAAGAAGUACAAGGAAUAAUGUGCAUUGCCAGACUUGAAAAUGUCAAUACACACUGAAUAUCUGUUACAGGUGACACAAUAG